GACACGUGUAAAAUAUGCAUAGCAGUGGUCCAUGAAGAGUGGAAUUGAGAAACAUUGAUGUAGAUAAACUUCAAUGUUUGCAGCAAGAUGCUGCCUGUCUUCAUUGAGUCUGUUGUUUGGAGUGUAAUCUCAUCUGCCAUCACCUGUUGGGGCAGCAGCAGCAGAACCAGGGAUUUAAAAUAACCUGACCUGGGUGAUGAAGAAGGACAAAUCUGUUCCAAGGAAUGAUGUGGAACCUCUGGAGAUGAUGGUGGUGAAGGAUUGUCCACAAAAAACAAAAAAAAUCCCUGUAACUAUGCUCACCCUCUUCACCAGACUACUUUAGAAUGACCACGCUGCUUUCAGUAUAAAGUAGUUAACAAUAACCAAACUGGUUAGUUAGGUUACUGUCAGAAUAAUUAAACUUUUUUCAAAUUGAAUUCCAUAUUUCUAAAGUCAAAGUUUGGUCAAGAGAAACACAAGCACAAUGUGAAACAUGAUGUGAAGUGAACUGUUCACCACUCCCCUUUCUAAUAAAUCCCCCUGCAUAAGAAGCGGCCAAACUGAGACAUUGUUGUACGCAGAAUGGAGAACUUCAUGCAGAUAACAGUUCUACUUCUCUGCAGCCACAGUUGGAUCUGUGAGUCUCUAACUGUGAACGUCCAUCCUGGUGAAGACAUCACUCUGUUCUGCUCCAACAUUUCUUCAUCUCCAACCCACAUAGACUGGUUCAGAGUGGUUAAUGGAACCAAACCCAGCUGCAUCUCCUCCAUGUACAGUUCUGAAUUUGAACCUUCAUACUGUGAUGGAUUCCACAGUGAAAAAUUUAUCAUGAGUUCCAACAAGACAACUUUAUUUCUACAAAUCAAACAAGUGGACCUGAUGGACUCUGGGUUGUAUUUCUGUGGAUUUUAUGUAAAGAAACAUACAGUUAUUGGCAGUGCAACAGAGUUAAUCAUUAAAGCUAAUGGAGACUCCAAAGACGAGGGAGAUUCUGAUAAUACAAAAGCCGUGGACCAACUGAUGGACCUGAUGCCUGGGAUUUUAGGUUCUCUGACUGCUCUUCUCUCUGUAGCAGUCGUUGUUCUGGCUGUUAAAAACAGGAGACUUGAGAGAGCAUCAAGGCUGCAGAAAGAAAGAAACAAGACUCUGGGCUCUUCUGACCUUCACUCUGCUCUGCUGAGGUUCUUCCCAAAGACUGGACAAAUCAUGAAGGCGUCGAAACACAUGGCAGUGGAGACUCAUGUUCUGUAUACCAACAGCAGAAGUCGAACUUUCCACACCAUGAUGAACUUCAACUUGUUUGGAGUUUUGCUCUGCAUGUUCAGUUGGACCUCCACAUCGGUUUGUCAGUUUCACUCAGUUGUUGUUCAGCCUGGAGCAGAAGUCACACUGCGGUGCUCAAAUCUGAGCCAGUUCCCCACGAUUCUCCACUGGUUCAAACUGACAGAUGGACCAAAUCCCACCAUCAUCGUGUCUAUGAAUGGUUCUGGAUGGAGCAAAUUAAACAAAACUCCACUCGGCCGAUUUACAAUGACAUCUAACAUCACAGACCUUUUUUUAAACAUCAGAUCAGUGGAUUUCUCUGAUACUGGACUGUAUUUCUGUGGAUCACAAGCAGGUGAAAACCCAGAAAUAUUCAGUGCAACAUAUUUAAAAAUUGAAGUAAAUGUGCUUGACGAAGUUAUAAAUGUGCCAACUGCGAUCUUAAGUUCUGUGACUGUUUUUAUUGUGUUACUCAUCUACUGUCUGGUGGCAAAAAAUGGGAUUUUUCAAACAGGUACUGUUAUUUUGUCACACAAACAAAAUUCAAAAAUGUACAAAUUCUGGAUAACCAGCCAGAUGAACUGUUUCUGUUGUUUAGAUCACGUUUACACUCAGAGUCAACAACAGAAUGAGAAUCUGAACUCUGAUGAUCUGCAUUAUGCUGCUCCAAGUUUUCACCCCAAAGUAAGAAACAACAGAAGACCUGCAGCAGAGAGAGAGCUGGAGACAACUGCAGUGUAUGGUCCCACCAGAUAAAUUCAUGUCAGGCUUGAGGCUGUUUUUAUUUGAGUUUUUGAGUUUCUUUUUUUAUUAUUCAAACAUUAGCAUUUCUUGUUUUGUUUUACAGAAGAUUCAAUAAAUCUGAUAAAUGUGACAUUACUAUAUAUAGAAAUCCAGAUCGGUGGGCCUGAUUCAUAUAAAACUGAACUGGAUGUGAAUGUGAAUGUCAGAGUCAUUUAACAUGAUUGUUUUAUAUUAACAUUAGUUCUCAUAUUUCAUAGAUUCUUUGUUGCUGCUUUGCCAGUGUUGCGGUGGGAUUAUCACUGUGUUUCUGGGUUUUAAUAUAUUUUUUCUGACACUGCUAUGAGAAAUAUUUCCCAAUAAUAAAGUGACACUGACACCUUUAAAGCAAAUGACCUAUUUAAGCAGAGGUCCAGCCAAUUGGUGCUAACUGUCUCACAUUGAGUGGAAUGGAGAUCGUAUGAUUGCAGUGAGAGUCUGAAUGAUUGUGGUAAAAAAAAGUCACAUUUGUAUGAAAAGUCCAUCACUGAUUCAUCAGCAUUCCUGGCUGCCAUUACAACAUGAAGACUAAAGAAAACUCCAAGCAACUCAGAGAAAUGUUCAUUGAAAGCAUAAGUCAGGGGAUGGAUGCAAAAAAAUUCUAAGACAUUGAGCAUUACCUGGAGUUCAGUUAAAUCCAUCAUCAAAAAAUGGGAGGAAUAUGAGCUAUGUGUAAAUUUAAUAUUUAAAUUUAACAAUUAAUAUGUAUUCCCUUUUGUUUUACCUUUCAGAUUAUAUUAGUUGAAUAUUAGAAACAUUCCAGAUCAAAAUAUGUUAUUAAUAUUGUAUUUUUUUUCCACAUAGCUAUACAUAAAACUAGUUUCAUUUGUUGAUGAAUUACAAAAUAAAUGUCUUGAUAAUAUUCUAAUUUACUGAGAUAAAUAUGUAAAAAGGGAUGGAACAUGAAUAUGUUCAUAUGUCAGGU